UUAAUUUUAAUAAUUCCUUUGAUGAACUAACUUGUCUUGAACCGGUGCAACCGAGUAGAAUUGUUUCAGUGUCACAGGUUGCAAAAGAAGACUCAGCAGAGAAAGAACCAGAACAAGCAACACAAGGAGAAGAGUUGGAACAGCUGAACAUCUUGCAGUCUGAAACAUCUCCUGAAUCCUUGUCUUAUGACCUGCAAGAGCACUGUAAGAAGGUUAAUAUGGUUGUCUCUGUUCCUGAAAUGUUUGUUAAAGUGAGCACUGAAGAUAUAAAACGUUUUGGUCUUGACAAAAUAAAAGAUUUUUGUGUUUCAAAAUCUGUUUUUGAUAACAUGUCUAAAUCUUUUAAGGAACUUAAACCAGAAAACCUCUUUGAUCAAAAACGUUUUCAAACUGAUAAUAACCAUCUUUCUGGUCAUGUUUUGAGUCUUGAUCAUUUUAUGAAGCAUAGCAAAAGUUUUGAUCACUAUGAAAAGGUUUUUGAGCCUGAUUUGAAACAAUCUGAUUUCUGUUUUAAGCCUUAUGAUUUAUUUGCUAGAACUGAAGAUAAGAGUUUUGUUGAGAACUUUCCUAGGCAUGAUCUGCUCACUGAUGAUUUUCUUGCAUCUACUUGUCUCUUGAAAGAACCUAGGAAGUUUCAGGAACCGAAAUUGCAUCAAUCUGAUAUUAGAUUCAAAAUUUUGAAGUCUGCUAAUAUCUCUGAGUUUGAACUUGACUGUUUGUGUGCUGAAAAUGUUUCUAAACGUGUGGGAUUGUUCUUUGAUGAUAUUCUAGUGUAUAACACUUUCUUUGAUAAACCUGCUGCACAAUUGAAACUAGAGAUCAUUGAUUCUAAAUGUGUGAACUUGAUCCUUGAUGAUAUUUGGGUCUGUAAUAUUUUCUUUGAUAUGCAUAAUAGAUGGAGGAAUCACACUGUUUUGUGUUUUGGAGAUAUUCUUGUCUACAAUAGUUUCUUUGACAUGAUAACCCACUUGACUUGUCCAAAAGAAGCUGAGAAAGGUACAUGUGAAAAGAGGGUCUAUAAGGAUCAGAGUACCAGUGAUGAGUCCUUGGCUAAGUUGGAGAUGCAACAAGAAAACUUUGAAAGCUGUAUAGCCGCCAGAUUUGACAUAGGAGCAGUCCAAGGAUCAUAUCUAAACAACCACAAAGAAUUAAUCAGCAAACUCGACUGCCAUGGAAACUUAACUCAUCAGGGUCUCACGUCGAAUUGGAAUCAUGUCCAAAGCUUCUCAGGUAAAAGAGUUAUGGGUUCUACAAGUCGGGUUAUUCUGUGUGUGCUUUGUUUGAACUUUUCUGAGUUUAGAACAUCUCAAUCCUAUCUAUGGCGACCAGGUGAGCAUGCUAAGGUAAGUGAUCAUAUUUUCAGUAAUUCUUUUAUUAUUGAUUACACAGAUAUGAUGCACUUGUUUUUGUCAAAAGAGCUAUGUGCAGAUUAUAAGGAAGCUUGGAAGCAAUCAAGGAGAAAGAACAAGCAUGAGGAAGACAAGCGGUUCAAACCAACUGAUCUGGAUCAGGAGAAAUACCCAGACGUCCAUGGCUUUAUCCUCAUUAAAGUAGCACCUCCAGAUGCAGCAGACAAGCCAAGACCGAGCAGAGACAAAUUUGGGAUAAGGUUAUUACUCUUUGAUAAAUUUCCAUGUGCUAACUUGCUCUGUUUUGAUGUAUCAGGUAAAACAGAUUUGAGGACAAAUCUAUUUCAAGAGGGAGGGGAUGAUAUGAUUCUGGAUAGCACAAGGAAAUGGAAUCAUGAGCCUGAUCAUGAAGAGCUAGCUGAGGAUGCAACAUCGAAGAUUGCUUGGAAACAAGAAGAAUACAAUUUUCUUGGCUGAAGCUUGAUCAUCCAAGACACCUUAACCAUCAUUCAAGCUACUCCACCUUCAAGCUGAUCAACAUCUAGGCAAGUAGCUUGUGUGUGCUCUUUUCCUAACCUUUGGUUUUGUCCCACUGGGUUUUCCAAAGGAAGGUUUUUAACGAGGCCACAAGUCUACUUCUCCUAUCUCCUAGAUGAUUGAUCUUGGUCUGUCCACAUGAAGACCUUAUGUUAUUUUUAUAUCUAAGUUUUUAUGUUAUUUUCUUUUGUUUUCGAAAACAUUUAAACUUGGUCUUUGUUUAGUCUCCAAGGGAGCA